AUGAAUGAACAUUUAGAUAACAAAUCCUACGUCUCUGUGUUUCUGCUCCUUGAAUUCUCAGCAAUCCGGGAACUGCAGAUUCUACACUUCUUUCUCUUCCUGGGACUGUACCUGAUAACUGUAUCAGGGAAUCUUCUCAUCAUCGCUGCAGUAGCCUUUGACCGCCGCCUUCACACCCCCAUGUACUUCUUUUUGAUGAACUUGGCCAUCCAGGACAUAGGUGCGGUUUCAGUAACUCUUCCCAAAUCCAUGGUCAAUUCCCUCAUGAAUACAAGGCACAUUUCUUAUGCUGGGUGUGUGGUCCAAGUUUUUGGAUAUCUCUUCUUUGCAGUCUCUGAUGUAUUUCUCCUCACAGUCAUGGGAUAUGAUCGGUAUGUUGCCAUUUGUAAUCCAUUGCAAUAUGAAAUGGUGAUGAACAGAACAGCCUGCACCAAAAAUAUUGCUGCUGUGUGGGUUGCUGCCUUUCUUUACUCAUUGGUGCAUACUAUUGGAACUUUUGUAUGCCCUUUCUGCUCCAAUGUAAUCAAUCAGUUCUUCUGUGAGGUCCCACAGUUACUUACACUUGCCUGCUCUAACUUAUACUUAAUAGAAAUUGGAGCUAUUAUCAUUAGUGUUAUGCUUGCAUUCUGCUGCUUUGUGUACGUUGUUGUCACUUAUGUUCACAUCUUCAGUGCUGUCCUGAAGAUCCCUUCCAUUCAGGGAAGGAAAAAGGUCUUCUCAACUUGUCUACCCCACCUCAUGGUCUUCUCUGUAUUUUGUUUCACUAUAUGUCUUGCUUACCUUAGGCCUCCCUCUAACACUCCAUCUUAUCUGGACUUUGUAUUAACUGUGAUGUAUACUAUUUUCCCACCCAUGUUCAAUCCAAUAAUCUACAGCAUGAGAAACAAAGAUAUAAAAAAUGCUUUUUCAAAGUUGUUAUAUUUGAGGCACUCUUCAGGGUCAUUUACAACAUCCAUAGGUAUGUAG